AUGAACAACGGUGAUGAGUUCAUUGACGUGUCUGUUGAACAGCUUCUCAACACACCAAUAGCCAAUGGUUUGGUUAUUCUCAUAGACACCAGUGACGAUGCAAUUGAAUUCCUGAAGGAUGACUUUGAAUUUGAACAAGCAUUACGAUUACUACCUAUGGCAUGGCAAUUGGGCGUUAUAAACAAGAAAAAUUUAAAAUCAAAGUACAUUAGCUUGUGUAAUAGGAUCCUGCAAAUUUUUGGCUGUGCUAUCCUAAGUCCAAAUAAAAUUAAAGAUUUCAAAUCAUUAAGCUUCACCACCAAUGAGUAUGGGAAACCUGAAACCCCAGGAAUAGCAUUCAAUAUGUCUAAUGGAGAUAGACUAGUAGGGAUGUUUGCUAUAAGAUACUACUCCCAAAGUGAAGAACUUCCUCAUCACAUUCAUCACCUUCAUUCAAAUCAAUUAGUUGGAAUAGAUAUCGCAUCCACGAACGAUUAUCACAUUGGUGAUGAAGAAUUGUUCCACACAAUAUUCUGCCCAGACGAAUUAGAACUAUUGAAAUCCUCAAAUCCAGUAACAACCUCCAAAUCAUUUGCUCAUCUCUGGUCUUUCAAAGAAUGUUAUAUCAAAUAUAUCGGAAAAGGUCUGCACUACGAUAAUCUAUCAGAAUUAAACUUCAGCAAUCAUAUCAACACUCCAACAUCAAAUAUAUCAAUCGACAACAACCCAUUGACAUUUCAUUCCAAAUGGUCGAACCAAGAAGUAAUUACCAUCUGUUAUAACGAACCUCCAUUAACGUUAAAUAACCCUCCAAAUUUCUAUAUACUAAAUAUAAAAGAUAUAAUAAGCCAAAUGAAUAAUUAUAUAUAG